GCGGCGGCACCAUGGCUAAGUGGCUGAACAAGUACUUCAGUUUAGGCAAUAACAAAACUAAGAGCCCCCCGCAGCCUCCCCGGCCGGACUACCGCGAGCGCGGGCGCGGGGGCAGCAGCAGCGGGGGCAACGGCCGGGGGGCGGCGGCGGCGGGGGCAGGUGGGGGCAGCGAGCGGCGGCAGCAGCAGCAGCUCCCGGCGGCCUCCUGCGCGUCCUCGUCGUCCUCCUGCUUUUCAUCCUCGUUCCGGGAGGACAGCGGCAGCACCAGCGACCUGAUCCGCGCCUACCGAGCCCAGAAGGAACGCGACUUCGAGGACCCCUACAACGGCCCCGGUUCGUCGCUGCGCAAGCUGCGGGCCAUGUGCCGCCUGGACUACUGCGGGGGCCAGGACAGCGGCGGGGACAGGACUUUCUCGUCCGCCUCCUCGUCCGCCGGCUGCUGCUGCACCUCGGGCGGCGGAGGGGGAGCCGCCGCGUCCUCCUCCUCUUCCUCCUCCCCGCACCUCUUCCGCAGCAACAGCGAGCGGCGGCCGGCCACGCCGCCCGAGGUCAAAUACAUCUCCCCCAAGCACCGGCUCAUCAAGAUCGACAGCGGCUGCGGCAGCGGCGGCGGGGACCCGGGAGGAGGCGGCAGCAAGAGCAGCGGCAGCGGCGGCAGCGGCGGCAGCGGCGGCAGCAGCAGCAGCAGCGUCCGCACCUGGAGUCCGUCCGCCUGCGGCGGCAGCAGCAAGAAGCUGCUCAACAGGUGCCCGGAGGAGAGCGGCGCCGCCGGAGGCAAGAAGGAGAAGGUUAUCAUUGCAGACGAUUACUCAGAUCCCUUUGAUGCCAAGAGCGAGCUGAAGAAUAAAGCAGGAAAGGGGGAAAGCACUGGCUACAUGGAGCCCUACGAAGCCCAGAGGAUCAUGACAGAAUUUCAGAGGCAAGAAAGCGUGAAAUCCCAGAAUAAAGGAGUCCAGUUAUAUGACACACCUUAUGAGCCAGAAGGCAAUGGUGUGGAUUCAGAUUCUGAAAGCUUGGUCAGCCAGCGUUUGCGAGAGAGCAAGUUGCCCCAGGAUGACGACAGGCCUGCAGAUGAGUAUGAUCAGCCCUGGGAGUGGAACAGAGUCACGAUUCCAGCCUUAGCAGCUCAGUUUAACGGGAAUGAGAAAAGGCAGUCUUCCCCCUCGCCUUCCAGAGACAGGCGUCGACAGCUCCGAGCCCCAGGUGGGGGCUUCAAGCCCAUCAAACAUGGGAGCCCCGAGUUCUGUGGGAUAUUGGGAGAAAGAGUCGAUCCUACCGUCCCGCUGGAAAAGCAAAUAUGGUAUCACGGAGCAAUCAGCAGAACAGAUGCCGAAAAUCUACUCCGGCUGUGUAAAGAGUGUAGCUACCUUGUAAGAAAUAGCCAGACGAGCAAGCACGACUAUUCUCUGUCACUGAAGAGCAACCAGGGCUUCAUGCACAUGAAACUGACAAAAGCCAAAGAGAAAUAUAUCCUGGGGCAGAACAGCCCUCCUUUUGACAGCGUCCCCGAAGUCAUCCACUACUACACGACCAAAAAACUGCCCAUCAAAGGAGCAGAACACUUGUCCCUGCUCUACCCUGUGGCUGUCCGAACCCUGUGAGAGGAAGGACCUGCUCACCUCUUCCCACAGAUGGGAGGGAGGCCACGGAGAAGUGGGAGAACACGGACUCCACCCUGUGCAUUGACCAGAGCUCCGGACUGAGAGAGGAAACAGAAAGUUACUGCUUUUCACCAUAUAUUGACUUCAGAUCAUUAGAGUGGUACUUUGGCACUGCUGCAUGUCUUUAGAACUGUGUUUCUAUUUAAGGGGAUGGAGGAACCAUAUUUAAAUGUGAUAGCAGAUAAUCUAGCCCCUCACCCCCACCCCCACAUCUCCCUUUAUUUCCUGUGAAUUAAAAUAUUUUCAAAUCCAAAGAUAUGCCUUCCAGGGUAAACAGAGCAAAGCAGCUUAUAGCAAACAGUGAGCUCCAAGGAUUUUCAUUUCUUUGUUCUCCUGCUGUCAUGAACUCACACCUGCAUAUGGUAAAAAAUAAUAAUAAUGAUGAUGAUGAUGAUGAUAAUUCUCCACUGGUGCUAUACUGUCCCCUAUUGAUAAUGAGAACAGACAGAUGUUGGGCCUUUCAGGACCUAGAGAAUGACAGCACAUUCAACUCAUUCCCCACAGGAGUCUUCAGAACUCUGCCUCUUCUCUGUGUGUGUGUGUGUAUGCAUGCGUGUGCACGUGUGCAUAUCUGCACAUGUGCGCCUGAGUGUAUGUGUGGGCUCAGGGGUGUGUGUGCGUGUAUAUGUGUGUGUGUGAGUGUGCGCUUUCACACACGGUUGGUUAGGCUAAUCCAACAAAAAAGUUCUUUUUCUUCCCUUGAUGUGAGUAGGAGACCUUUCUCAAUGGAAUCAUUUUGCAGUAGCAGAAAGAGUUCAAUUAUUUAUGACUAGGGUAUGUAAAUAAAAUAGUGGUUUAAUAUAUAUACAUAUAUAUAUUUUUAAUCUUUUUUUUCUUUGGUACAACAAUAAAUCUCUAAAGGGUGUAUCUGUUCACUCACAAGUUUCAUUCAGAAGCCAAGUCUAACACUGUGGCUUCUACCUUAGGGCAGUCAAUGCAUUGUGGCCAACGUUUCAUAAAUCGAGACUAAGCUAUUACAAUGAGAGUGGAAGGGGGUGCGGACUUGGGUUUCAGGCCUUCAAAAGGCUAUCACUGUUUAUCUCAUCUCAUUUUCACAAAUAGUGCAUGAAUGAGAAUCACUGAAAUAGUCAGCUCACAAUAUCCAAUGUCCUCUUUGCCUCAGGGAUAGAAAAGCAUUCUCGAAAUGGGGUUUCUAUUUCUCUAAGUCAAAAUGAAUCUUAAAUAGACAAUUUGUAGCAAGCAGUAAAUCUGGCCUUUCAGAGGCAUUGGGUGGGGUGGGAGGUGGGUAGGGUUACCUUACAUAAAGAAACGUGACCAAAACUCUGGCUUAUCCUUAUAUCUAAAUAGACCAUCAAGGUCUGGAUAGGUCCUGCUAUCAUCAAAAAAAAAAAAAAUCAGCAAAGUUGUGUUGCUUCAGAAAUACAAUCUAAACCCUCCUCC